GGAGUUACGGUACUUAAGAAUUUUAUGACGGUCCUUUCACAUUUUUUUGUGCAAACUGCGACUCGUAGUGACGCGCGAGAAGACGUGGACGGUGGACUGCAGCCACAUACUCAGCCGUCACCUCCAGCUCCCUCUUCGGUACCUCCGUCCGCCUUCUCCAUCACCCUCUUCAUUACUGCAUAUCAAAACUCUCAUUGUUUCCUCCAUCAAUUCGACUUUCCCUGUGCAUUCUUGUCUAUUCAUCGGAUAUCAGAAAGAAGCAACUUUCUUCAAUCAGCAUAUGAUCAUUUGAAAUGGCGGCGGCGGCUUUGAAUUUUUUAGUUUGCCAUCAACACAGCGAGACGUCAUCGGUUGGAAUUAGGUCAAGUUUCAAGCCCUUUCCGGUGAUUAAUUGCAAAAUGCCAAAGAUAUCAAGGCUUUCUCAGGGUGGGACAGGGACAUUGUGCAUCCAGCUGUCAUCUACCAGGCCAAAAAUUCAGAUGACAUUAUUAGAUGAGAGUCUUGAUAGAGGGAAAGUCAUUAUCAAGCCCUCUGAAAUAUUGGCAUAUGAUCUUGUUCAAGGACCUCUUGUUAGAUGGAGUUACAUUGCAGACAAAACACUACCUUGUCCCCCAACAGCUGUUCUUUUGCAUGGCAUUUUAGGUAGCAGGAAGAACUGGGGAACCUUUGCUCGGAGAUUAGCACAGGAAUUUCCAAACUGGCAGUUUCUUUUGGUUGACUUGCGGUGUCAUGGUGAUUCAGCAUCUAUCACAAAGAGAGGACCUCAUACUGUUGCCUCAGCCGCCCUUGAUGUCCUAAACCUUCUGGGGCAUCUUAGAGUAAUACCACGAGUCAUAAUUGGUCACAGCUUUGGAGGAAAAGUUGCACUGAGCAUGGUCGAACAAGCUGCAAAGCCACUUGCAAGGCCUGUAAGAGUUUGGGUUUUAGAUGCUACACCUGGAAAGGUACGAGCAGGUAGAGAUGGAGAUGAUCAUCCUGCUGAAUUGAUCACUUUUCUAAGUGCAUUGCCUAACCAGGUCACAUCAAAAAGGGAGGUCAUCAGUGGUCUUGUGCGUGAGGGGUUUUCGAAUGAUGUGGCUCAGUGGGUGGUUACCAAUCUUCGGAAGACAAAUCCUUCUGAUUCAUCUUCAACUGCCUAUUCUUGGACAUUUGACCUUGAUGGAAUUGCUCAAAUGUAUCAAUCUUAUGAAGAAACUAAUCUAUGGGAGGUGGUGGAAGAUGUACCUCGGGGUGUACAUAUAAAUUUUUUAAAAGCAGAAAGAAGCUUACACAGAUGGGCACUUGGAGACCUGCAGAGGAUCCAUGUAGCUGAGGAGCAAGCUGCUGAAGAGGGUGGUACUGCUGGAGUCGAAAUGCAUGUUCUUGAAGAUGCCGGUCACUGGGUGCAUGCUGAUAACCCGGAUGGGCUGUUCAGGAUCUUGUCUUUCUCGUUUCAAGGAUUCUGAAUUUGAGAAACCUGUUAAUCAUUUGAUGCAUCCUAUGCAAUUUUUAGUUAUCAUUUAUUGUAUCUUAUGCAAUUUAGCAUCAUUUUUGUUUCACAUUAAUCAUUGCUUGUAUCAUUAUUUAAUUUAACAGCAUUUUCCUUUCA